UAAAGGAACCUUCCCCAUCAAACGAAAAAGUUCUAGAAACUUUACAUUCAAAUUUCACCACCAUAAUAAAAAACCCAAACCCAUCAAGAAAAUGGAGUUUUGGAGCGAAGUAACAAGCUUCGCAGAAGAAGCUGCAAAAAGAUCACAUGAACGCCCACAAGGGUUAGCUGCUCAAGUAUUGUAUCGGGCUGAUCAGAUUAAGUCUCUUUCUCUCCUUGAUUCUCUUAAUUUGUCCACUGAUCAGAAGCAGCAGGUUUCCGCUCAAGAGCUUGAGAGGUUUGGGAUUAAUGGUGAAUUGAGGGAAUUUGUCAAGGAAAUUACUAUGACUACUUUUCAGGAUUCCUCACUUCUUGUUGCGAUGUGGACGAUAUUCGAUAUUCUGCAGUACGAUUACCGUGACCUCAAUAUAAUGAAGAUUACUUAUUGUACAAAUGAUGGAGAUGAUGCCUUUGAUGAUGACUUUAACAAAACAGUUGAGAGUUUGGACGAUGAGCAUAGCAACUUGGUUCCGCAACAAGAUAGAAACUCCGAAGUUAAUGGCAUAAGCAAAAUUUUGAGUGAAUAGUUUACAUUCUUGGUAAAUUUCAUUAUCCGUUUGUACAAGUAUUUCGUCUAUUUUCCUCUAUCAUAUUAUGUUUCCGAAAAGGCGUUAUGUUGGGGGUAUGUUGUACGUAUGGGUAUUCGUAUGUCUUGAAUAUUUGUCUUGAAUUACUAUUAGUAAGUUGGGUAGGUAGGUAUAUUUCUUGCCAAAUUUUGGUACAUUUCUGUGGAUCAUUUGUGUACCAUUGUAAAUACUUGGAGCUUGGAGUAAAAAGAAUGGGGUGGUUUGGUUCUCCUCCCUUAUAAAAGCCACUUUUUAAAGUACUCACUAGCUAAGCUUGGGCAAGUGGGUAACCAUAUUUUCUUUGUUCUUUUAUCAGCUAGAUUCUAAUUGUUUGUUGUUGUGUUUUUUGAUGAGUUUAACAAGUCAACUAAAAAAAUAAUUGUUAAUAAUUAUUUGUCAACACCCUUACUUUAGAAAAUGAAUAUAACUAGUAAGUACUUCUAUUAUGCAAAUAUGAAUUGCUAUAUGAGAUGAUUUUACUGUAAGAUGUGCUUUAUACAUGAAUUAAAUAGUUCAAUUAAUAUAAAAUAUGAGAACAUGAGUUUCUUGUUUUAGAAGGCAAAAGAUUGCGCAUUAGCCGUACGAAGACCGAGUAUUUGCGCUGUGACUUUAGCGGGACAUCACCGGUAGGUGAACCAGAGGUGUCUAUAGAUGAAACAGUUGUUAAGAGUAUAGCUAAGUACAAGUAUUUAGGAUCGAUCAUUCAAAGGGAUGGGGAGAUUGACGGAGAUGUAAAUCAUCGUAUACAGGCGAGUUGGCUCAAGUGGUGAGCAGCCACCGCAGUGCUAUGUGAUAAGAAAUUCCCAAACAAGUUAAAAGGAAAAUUUUAUCGGGUAACAAUUAGACCUGUUCUACUAUAUGGGACCGAAUGUUGGCCAGUAAAGAAGAUUUUCGAACAUAAGAUGAAAGUUACAGAAAUGCAUAUGCUGAGGUGGAUGUGUGGGCUCACAUUGAUGGAUCGAAUUAAAAACCAAGAGUUUAGGGAAAAACUAGGGGUAACCCUUAUAUCUAGAAAAAUGCGCGAAAAUAAAUUGAGGUGGUUCGGUCAUGUGCAGAGAAAGACUUUCGACGCCCCUGUGAGAAGGGUAGAAAGCAUCAUAGUAGAAGGUAAAAGGAGUCGAAGAAUUCCCAGGAAAACUUGGGAUGAGCAAAUAAAAAUUAAUUUGAUGAGUUAAGCCUCUUUGCGGACCUAACUAGGGAUAGGAGCAGUUGGAGACACCAUAUCCAUGUCUUAGAGUACUGAUGUCCUCUCAGUCUACCUUUUAGUGUCCUUAACCUCUUGUUUGUAUCCUUUCUUUUCUAUUAGUUUUUUGUUUUCCUUUUGUAGUGAUUCUACCUUUUAUAGGCCUCUAUGU